GGAAAGACGAGGGGCUUUCUCAACCUAGCACAACACAGAGUGUUGGUCUCAUUAUACCAGGAAACAAGAUGGAGGAAACAUCUCUGCUGUGUCUGAUCUGAAACCACCUGCCCAUCUCCAUGGUGAUGACCCCACCCACCCAGGCUGAGCAGGGAUUGGAUGAUGACUAUGAUGAUGUCACCACAGAGCAUCACUUCUGACCUGAUCCAAUGACAGAAACACACAGACCUUUAGUGUCAGUCAAACUUCCUACUGACACAGUACAAACUUCUCUCUCAGUUCGUUUCAUUUUUAUGUAAAAGCAAACAAGAAGAAUAAUCACCUUUGAUCAGAAACUAACCCAAGUUUUUUUCCAACUUUAAAUCAGUUCUAAAAACAACAGGUUCUCUACAUCAGCUGCACAGUGUUUUGUCUUUGCUUUGUUAAGAUAUUUUCAGAGCUAGUUCUUUGGCCUUUGUGUGUAGGGGCCCUCUUUUCUUAUUUUGCUGUCAGGAGACUUUUCCUCUGUUCUCUGUUUCAGGUGUCUCAAUGGAUUUGGCUUUCUAGUCUGAUAUGACCCCCACCCCCUCUUGUCUGAAUAUUCAUGGGCACUGAGUUGAACAUUUUACAGCCUUGCAAUAAAGUAAAGAACUUUUAAAAAGUAUGAUCGCUCUUUGAAGACAUAACCAAAGAACUACAGAAAGGCCUAUAGUCUAACCAUCACAAUAUAGGACUGUAUCAUCUGCAUAGAGUGUGACACAAUUGGCUUCAUGUAACAACCACUUGCAUCAACACACUCGCUUUUAAUAUCUGGUUUAAGAUAAAUUGUCUCAUUCACCAGUUUAGGAAUACAACAAUGUUCUUGCUUGAGGCCCAGUGCCAGGUAUGUUUGAUGGCUCAGAAUAGAGUCAAAUGUUUUGGACAGGUAUACAAAGAGCAUUGCACAAUGUUGACCAUCAUCAAUGACCAUUACAAAGUUGUUAAUGACUUAAUGUCUUUACUGAGUCCAAGCCCAUGUAAGGUUCGAUAAAAGAUAAAGGAAAGUCAUUUUCUUGACUCAUAUUACAUUUGGAAACACAUGGUUCUUCAUUCCCUGAGUAUCUUUGUAGUGCAGAAGCCAACAGUGUAAGAUCAUCUCUCAUCCUUAUGUUUGUCUCUUUGUCUCCUUCUGGAAAUGUUUCUGCUUUGGUCAUUGUUGUUGGUUCUUGGGUUUGGUGCUCACCCAGAAGCAACUGGGAAGACGCAGUGCCUGGGACAGGAUAAGGUCAGGGAAGAAAAGUCUCUGUUUGCAGUGGGCAACACAGACUGUAACCUGAUUAUCUGGAGAAAUUUUUACGUAGAUAUACAGCAAGGAGUGAGUAUACAUCAUGUACCUGUGUAUAUACCACUGCACUGCUGUUGUUCAUAGUUGUUUGGACAUCAAAUGAUUUAGAAGACUCUAAUGGGGUCACAUAAAAUUAAUUUUAACACCUGCUCUAUCAGUGGUUUUAACCAUGUGAUCUGUGGUGUCUGUGGGUUCACGUCCUCUUUUCUCAAAGUGUUUCCUGGAAGCUGCUGCAGAGAAAAGCACAGACACUCUGACAUGUAGCGUCACACACAGAGGAAGGAGGAGGCUUUUACUGUCUGUCAAACUGCUGCUGAUCUCAGUUCAGCUGCAGAAUGGAGGGAACAUCUGUCCAGAGGCUGCUGGUUGUGAGCUCACUGCUGAUCUGCUCAACAAACCAAGCUCGUCUGACUGUGAGUCCCAGCAGAUCUCAGUUUUUUAAAGGAGACUCUGUCUCUCUGAGCUGUGAGGAGGACGACAGCUCUGCUGGAUGGAGGCUGUGGAGGAACACAACUGGACAAACCAGAGCUAAAUGUAGAGCUGACUGGGGAAGAUCAUCUGGUUCUUCCUGUAUCAUCAGCUACAUCCUCCCAGGUCACAGUGGAGUUUACUGGUGUGAGUCCAGAGAGGGAGCAACCAGUAACAUCAUCAGCAUCACUGUCACUGGUGGAUCAGUGAUCCUGCAGAGUCCUGUCCUCCCUGUGAUGGAGGGACAUGAUGUCACUCUGCACUGUAAAACAAAGACCACUCCCUCCAACCUCCCAGCUGCUUUCUAUAAAGAUGGCUCCCUCAUCAGGACUGAGCCUACAGGUCACAUGACCAUCCACCAUGUUACCAAGUCUGAUGAAGGCCUCUACAAGUGUAACAUCAGCAGUGAUGGAGAGUCUCCACCCAGCUGGAUCACUGUCACAGAGAAACCCACUCCCACACCUGGACCUACACCCACCUCUCCCUCUGGUUCCUCCACCACCUCUCCUUCUUCAUCCCCCUUCUCUCCUCUCCCUGUGUUGCUGCCUGUUGUCUCUCUCUGUGGUCUGGUUGUUCUGGUUCUACUGGUGAAACUCUGUUUCUGGAGGAAACUUAAAGCUGAUAAAGGGGAGGUUAAAGACGACAUCACAUACAGUGAUGUCAAAAUAUUACAUCACCAACAACAGCCAAUCAGAACGAGCAGAGAGAGUGAUCCAGCUGCAGUCUACUCAGCAGUGAGAACAGAAGACGUCACUUAUGGACAAAUAGUCAUCAAAGACAAAAAGUCAAAGACGAGAAAGACGAGAGAGAGUGAUCCAGCUGCAGUCUACUCAGCAGGGAGAAAGGACGGUGUCAGUUAUGGACAAAAAGCCAACAGACAAAAAAAGACCAGAGCCCGUCCACCAGAGCCAGUGGUCGUCUACUCUUGAGUAAAGUAGACCUUCACUCCCUCAGUCCUUCACUCCUUCACAUCAGUUCAAUCCACUGACGUCCUCCUGCUGCUCACCACAGCCUCUCACACCAGAGUGCAUUCAUUUUUUAAAUGACAUUUUAUAUGUUACUUUUCUCUGCUUCAUAUUAUUUGAAACAUUUUGAUUGACUAAAACUGAAGAUUAAAAGAAAUUGAAGAAGAA